ACCUAAUUUUCAGUUUUGUAUAACCUCCUUUUCCAUAAAUUCUUUCCCUUUCUAUCGGUUCCAUUUCUCCUGCAAAUCUUCCAAUUUGCAAUCCAAAUCGAUGAAGACAAUGGCGAUCUCUUCUUCAACUCCGAAGCUCUUUCUCAUCACCAUCCUUCUACUCCACCUUUUCUCCGGCAAUCAUUCGCUAUCACAGAACGAAGUCGUAUCCGAGUUGACUCACCUCCGAUCGCAGUCCCCUGCCGGCGUGAUUCACCUCACCGAUUCACUCCUCCGGCGGAUAACUUCCGUUCCGUCUCCUCGGCCGUUCUCCAUCCUCAUCUUCUUCGAUGCCCAGCAGCUCCACUCUAAACAGGAACUCUCGCUCCCCGCUUUGAAAAAAGAGUUCUCUCUACUCUCGUCUUCGUUCAUCGCGAACAACCCCGAUUCGAACGUCAACGGAAAGCUCUUCUUUUUCGUGAUCGAAUUCCAGGAAUCGCAGCAGUCCUUUGCGCAAUUCGGCGUCAAUUCUUUGCCCCAAAUUCGAAUCGUUCCACCUUCUGCUACCGAUCUGAAGACGGAUUCGAUUCAAAUGGACGCGUCGGAUUUUUCACGAAUGGCGGAAUCCAUGGCUGAGUUCGUUGAAUCCAAAACUCAGCUUGAGAUUGGGCCGAUCAAUCGCCCUCCUGUCGUGUCUAAGAAGCAGAUCAUGCUUGCAGUGGCUGUUGUACUGAUAUCUAGUCCCUUCCUGAUCAAGAAGGUUAUUGCCGGCAAUACAGCAUUACACAAUAAGUAUUUGUGGAUGGCCGGGGCCAUAUUCGUAUACUUCUUCAGCGUUGGAGGGGCAAUGCAUAACAUAAUUAGGAAAAUGCCCAUGUUUAUGGCGGACAGGAAUGAUCCAGGGAAGCUGGUUUUCUUUUACCAAGGGUCUGGAAUGCAGCUGGGAGCCGAGGGAUUUGCUGUUGGUUUCUUGUACACCAUUGUGGGAUUGUUGCUGGCCUCCACUACUCAUAUGCUAGUCCUGGUGAAGAACACGACUGCGCAGAGGCUGAUAAUGUCUAUUGCACUUGUAGUUUCAUUCUGGGCUGUCAAGAAGGUGAUUUACUUGGAUAACUGGAAGACUGGUUAUGGUGUACAUGCUUACUUGCCUUCCAGAUGGGUGUGAUCUAUCGGUAGAUCUUUAAUUCGACCUUAUCAGCAGGUAUGAGUUCUGUAUCGGCUUACUCUAUGUUAGAUGGUUUUGUUGGAACAAUAUUAAUUGACUAUGAAUUCCAGUGUGUUCUCACUUGGAUGAAUUAUUUGCUCACUGUGUUAAAGGAUUAUAUGAUGUUGAAUUUGGAUUAUGUAUGGCAGUUAUUGCUGUUAUUGGAAUGACUUCUUGUUCUAGCAUCUUCGUAUUGGGUGGUUUUG